AGCACACAAAUAAGCUCUCACAAUUACGGUUUUACUAAAACCGUUCUGACAGCGCCACAGUUCACACGUACCUGGGCUCAGCGUAAGCAGCGCUGAGCUACGGUAUUCCCGAGCGCAAACGAAGUUGUGACUUUAAAAACUCAUUGAUUAUUUAGUCAAAUUUCUUGUCUUUUAAAUUCAUAAAUAAUUCGAAAAAAAAAUGUAAAUAAUUUUAGAAUCAGUUCUAUUAUUAACUUUUUUAAUUGUUGUAUUCUGUUUGAAGAACACCGAGAUCGGCGGCCUAGGUCUGCCGCAGAGCCCUCAUCAUGCCACCCGUAAUUAUGCAGCGUUCUGCUGGGGUCGAUGCCGCCGCGCCUGUACUCGGUGGCCUCACAGCCCACAACACCUCGAGGGUCUACUCUCCGGUCACUCUGAGCUCAGAGUGGCCAACAGUUGGCAGGCUUUUGUUUGUGGUCUCGUGCUCUUGUCUUGGUACUAUCCUCAACGGCUUCUUCGUAUCUUCUUUCUUUGUGGAGUUCACCCUGAAGAAAGUUGGUAACGUCUUUCUGGCUUGCGUUGGUCUCGCAGACCUUAUUAUGACGUCUAGUGUGAUGCCUAUUUCUGGUGUGGUGUUGCUGUCCGGAGAAUGGGAUACUCUCGAAGUUUGUCGUGCUCUUCAGUUCCUCGGUCAAGCCUCUACAUAUUCAUACAGCUUGUUCUUUGCUAUGGCUGCAAUAGAAAACUACUAUCGACUAUGCCGCUCAAGCGAUGAAUAUGUCAUGUUUAUCUCGAUGCAUACUAGCUGCACCUGCGUCUUCAUUUUUGCGUUGUCCUUCUGUCUUUCAGCAGUUGGAGUCUUCUUGAAUUUAGAUUACGAUUAUUGCUUGCGGACCGACUACGGAAAUUUUGCCUUCAGGAUUACUACUCUAAUAAUUUUUCAUGCUGUACCUCUUGUUGUAACUUAUGUAGGUUUUCUGAUAUGCGCUAUACACAUUCGCAAUCGCGCUGCUAAAGAGCUCCCCUACAGACGCUCGCACCAGUACGAACGUGAUUAUUCCAGGACUCAUUUGGAUAUCGCGGUCUAUUCACUGCACGUUCUCGCUUGGAUUCCCUAUCUCAUCGUUGUCUACGACUACCCUAACGCCCCCGAUUAUAAGUUCUACCAUAGCACCUGGAUCGCGGUGUGCCGUCCCGUCCUCACAAAUUUCUUGUACUGCGCUAUUAAUCGUAACUUCAGACGUGCGUUUGCUCAUCUCUACUAUUAUUGUUGCUGCAAAAGCUCCACAACUCGAUCGUUUAGCACCCGCCACCGUCGUAUUAUUUGUGAGUGCAAGAUGCCUAUUUCCGAUGUCCGCGUUCAUAUUAUGCACCAGGCGCUCAGCUCCAAUAGCCCAGCCCGCGGUGCUUCUUCGUGUAGGGAGAUGCAGGAAUUAUGAUCAUUCCGAUCAAGCCCGGUGAGAACGCACAAGAAGAAGGUGAGAUUCGCGAAAACAACGGCACGGGUCUAAAAACGGAUAAACGGCUUGCAACUAAUGGAAAAAUUACACUUUUAAUUUUUGUGCUCCCUACAUUGUGGUUAAAAAAAUUUCAAACCUUUUAUCAUUUUAACACUACUAAUUGAUCAAUUGUAAUAUCUACUCGUAAUUUCAUUUUUAUUUUGGAACUCCUCACGCUUGAGGACCAUUUAGUAUCUUCCCGUGUUACGCUUUUGCUUUUGAAAUAAAAGUCCAAUAAAACAUAGCUCCACUUCAAUUUUUAUCGAUAAACGUAAAUGUGUGUGUUAGAUUAGAUUGGUGUUCUUAAUAUACUCGUACCGUAGUUCAAUAUUAAUCCCUUUAAUGGACAUAUAUUAUAAUCCUGUAUGUUUAUUGAUGUUGUUAAUAAAAGUUCGUAGAGUGUCGAUAACCGAAUCGUAUUCGUGAAAGUCUGAAAAGUAACCAUGACUGGCUUGAACACAAAGUGAAUGAUAAGCGCAUUAAGCAGGAGUAUCAAAAGCCACUCGAUGGAAUUGAAAUGAACAUAGUUCUUAGUCGUAUUUUUGUUGUCGAUGUGUUCUUAAUGUGAAAAUGCUUGACAAAAAUGUGCUAUGUGCAUAAGUAUAUGUAAUGUUUUAGAUUUAGGAAGUCUGGCUAAUGUAGACCUUUGAUAAUAAAUGUUUUUAUUUUAUUUUUAUUCUGUUAUAAGCUGUAAAUAGAAUAACACAUAUUGUAUAACAUAUAUCAAAUUAUUUUUUAUUUACCUUUAAUUUUAUAUGAAAACUAUUUUAUUAUUAUUUGGUUGUAUUUUUGGGCAAUAUUUCCUUUACUAUAUCACGAAUUAUUCUAAAGAGAAAAUUUUCGAAUUUAAAUGCCUAUUUUUCAUAUAUAUAUACAUAUAGUUAUAUAUUUAAAUAUUACUUAAUAGCUUAAUAGUUAUAACUCGUAGGUAUUGUAUUUACACUCCCGUGUGGUUUUUUCUGGUUAUCAAUGUUGUCUUAUUAUACGUAAUUAUAUUAUACAUGGACUAGCGUUAUACAUAAUCUAUUUUGUGCAGACCUAUAUAAUCAAACUGCACUCGAUUAUGGCAUUGUAAACCCCAACAUCGCCGGCAUGGCAAGCGUAGAUUUUGUAAAAAAAAAUAUAAUUAAAAAAAAAAGUAGUUUUGUGGAAUCGUAUUAAUAGAAAAAUAAUAAUUUCGACUCGAUGUUAUUUAAAAUAUAGUUAGGUAUAGCCAAGAACAUUGUAGACUCAUUGUAAAUUAUUGAAAUUAAAUUAAAUUAAAUUUUAUUAUUAAUCAAAUUAAAUUUUCCUGAAUAGUCUUUAAUAACAUCUUAUAUUUUAUGUGUCAUAAAGCAUAUUCAGACUAUUUAACUUAUACCGGAAAUCAAAUCUUAAAUCUUUCAAGUUAAAUACAACUUUUAGAUGCGCUAAUUAAAUGUUAGAUGUUAAAUUAAUAUAAAUAAUUAUAGAUGUAAUUCGUAAAAAGCCAACUGUCGUAUCGCACAAAAAAUACAUAAUAAUAUAUUCCCUGGUAUUAGACAAUUUUAAAUCUUAAUUAUUAAUAUUAUCAAUGUCGUUUAUCAGUAGAAUGUUAUUUCGAUUCGAAUAAAUCUUUAGAAAACUGGGGCUGUCUUUGACGCUCAUUUUGUUUUCUCUUGAUUUAUUCGUAGCAAAUCAAUAAUAUUAAUGUAGACAUAAAUAACUAUAUAUUAUAUACAUGUUUAAUCUAGAAAUUUAAAGGGUUCCCUAAACUUUGACAUAAUUCUUUACAUUAUCAGUAUUUUCUCGUAGAAAAAUUGCAGCUUGUACCAGUAGUAGGGGUUUACCUUGAAUAUUCAACAUUGAAUUUAAAAUCUAUAUAUACGAUUUUAUUGUGGACUUGUAGUUUCUAAUAGAUAUAUAUAUAUAUAUAUAUAUAUAUAUAUAUAUAUAUAUAAUAGAUAUAUUUAGUGAUAAUAUAUUGUGUGUCGUAAGUUGUAUAUCGAAAAUACUUCACCAUUCGGUGUUCUUUUAUCUUUUACUUGUGCCAUGUAUCUUUUUAAUACACCAUCCAAAACUAGCUUGCGUGCAAAUAAAACUAUUUAAAAAUAAGUGACAAUUUUCAUAUAUAAUCAAUCGUUCCAAAACAGAAAGCACAGAAGGCAAUACAAAAAUAUAAUUUGGUUGAGAAUAAAUUUAACGUGGUAGGUACGAAAAUCAGGAAAGAUUGUUUUAAUGCAAUACAUUAUUGGUAUUUACAAUUACAUUUAAAAGAACAAAAAUGAUACACUUAAGUUGAAACAUCCAAAACACUCCGUCCGAUAUGAAAUAAAUACAAAAUCAGGCGGAUUUUACACAAAAAUGUCCAGAGUAUGAAUAAUUGAAAAGGAAAUUUUUUAACAACAGUUAUCGUGGAACUUUUGCUAAGCUUUGGGGUAUAUGAGUAGCUUUGUGGGUGGGGUGGGGAUGAACUGUUAAGUUGAUAAGUAUUCGUUAUAACUGCAUAAAUAAGAGCGUUAAAUUGAAAUUACUUGAGAUAAGAGAAACAGAACAUGAGAGAAAUAGGGAAAAGGGAGGGGAGAUUAAGAGAAGAGAUGAGCAGGUGUAGCUGAAAGAACGGAUGAGGGGUGAUGCGGAGGAGAGUUGGUGCUAGGUCAUACGGUCAAACUGGGAGGGGUGGUGCGGCAGGGGGGGGGGUGCGAGGAGGAGGACGUGGA